AUGUCGUUUGCGAAGCCAGAAGCGACAAUAAUCGACCUGGGUCCAGCCUCGUCUGUUUUCUCCGAUUAUCACAAAGAGUUUACCUCCCUGCUUGCCUCAUCCGCGGAGUCAAUCUCUACAGCAAAGUCGGUAUCGGAGUCUUCACCGGCGGACUCGAAUUCCGCUCUCAAUGAAGCAGACCGCGACAUCGGAGAGGCUUCCGAUUUGCUCAAGUCGAUGGAGCUGGAAGCACAAGCUGCGCCAUCAGAUUCUCGGAUCUCGCUGCGUUCGCAUGUGGCCAAGGCCCGUGACGAAGUCUCGCGGAUGAGGCAAGAGCUACGCGCGGCCCGUAUCGCCCUCGCACAGCGUAAGGAAGAGCUAAAUCGCGACGAACUUUUGGGUGGGUACAGUCACAGCGAUGCGGAAGAUAGGUCGCGCAUGACAGACACAACGGAGAGAUUAGAGAAAGGGUCGGAAAUUAUCACCGGGAGCAGACGGAAUAUCGCGGAGACAGAGGCAAUCGGGGCCAGCAUCUUGGAAGACUUGCAAAAUCAGAGAAAUACUAUUAUGAGGGCGAGACAGAAUUUAGGGGGUGUUGACGGUGGUCUUGAACAAAGCGGCUCCAUCAUUUCGACGAUGCAGAGGCGCGCGAUUAUGAACAAGAUUAUUGUCUACAUUAUCUUGGCGAUUAUAGCCGUCGCUUGCGUGGCCAUUGUGUUUGUCAGGGUUUUCCAUGCAAAGGGUUGA